AUGUCGGUCUUCUCGAAGAUCAAGCUCUCCCGCAAGGCUGCGAAGGAACAUAAGGUCAAGGCAGUUGAGAAGGAGGCGGAACAGGAGACCGCCGCGCCAUACAAGCAUGUCCCAACCCACGCUGCUGUGGAUGCCCUCAGUGGAGCUCCCUCGAGCUGGAAGUAUCAGGACCUGUCCAAGAUCAAGGAACACCACAAGCGCAGGAGUCAGAUGGGCAUCAGCCGCACGGGGAGCUCGGUCUCGAACAUGUCAUAUAUGAACGCGACCGCCGGCCCAAGCUUGCAGGCUCCUCCCUUUCCGCGAGCCAGCAGCUACCACAGUCACAACUCGACUUGGAAUAAUAGGGAUGGCGAUGUGUACUACCUCAACGAACCUACACAGAAGAGACCGAGACCACCACGAGGCCAUUCAUACCAUGACUCUGGCAUUGGCCCGAGCCCUCUGGCUACAGCACUGCCCAGCAAUGAACCUUCCCCCGUCGUCAGCUCCGGCAACUCGACUACUUCGAACUCGUCUGAAAACCUUGAAAUCCCCGGCCCAUCUAAUCCCAACCCUGAACGCACGUCACAGCGACCGCAACCCACCGUCUAUGAGGAAAGGGAUAUCUUCCAACGGCUGCAUACGAGUACCACGCGGAAGCUUGGCGAGGCCCCUCUCCACGACAGCCCACCAGUAGUGGAAAAGCCGGUCGUGAACGUCGUGGCACCAGAGCCAAAGCAAAAGAAGCCAAGAUGGAGCCUUACGGGGAAGAAGAACGCGACCACCAUUGCCGUCUGA